AUGGCGACGCCUAGUGCCGCCUUUGAUAUUGCAGACUUUGUCGAUUUCGGAGAAACAGGCAUGCCCGACGUGUCACAAGAAGCUUCUUUCGGCGUGUCUGAGACGGCACUACCCCAGAACUCUUUACUGGAUGAACCUGGAGAGCUGGAGAACUCCGACAGUAUCCAACCCGCAAGUGCAGAGUUCAAUACGAACUUCAGCAGCUGGCUUCCGACUUAUCAAAAGGCUGUUCAGCCUUGCGAGUACUGUCGAUCAAAAUCUCUCGAAUGCUUUAUCUUCAACGCCGAUGGCUCCAAGCGAUCCGGAUGUUCGCCAUGCAACGCUUUGUUUCGACCAUGCAGCUUCAGCAACCCUGAGCGGAUGCCAGGUAUGCGCCAGAGGACUGCGCUGGAUACCUUAGACGUCGUGGCAGAGAACGACAUUCGACAUGUCGGUGGUCUCACUGGUAAGAAGCAGAUGCGAUCGCUAGGUCACCUGGGUCCGAUCGAAGAUGGAAAAGAGGAUGACGAAGGUCCCAAGAAGGGUGCCGCAGCUGCUCGCUUUCCACGAGCGGCUGUGAAAGUGCUCAAAGACUGGAUGCUCAUGCAUAUCGAUCAUCCAUACCCGACCGACGAGGAGAAAGAGACGCUGAAGCAAGAGACUGGCCUAUCGGUCGGUCAAAUCUCGAACUGGAUGGCGAACACAAGGCGAAGGCAGAAGGCUCGACCCAAGCGAAGCGCUUCGCCAAGUCUCCGACCAUCAACAGGAGCUAUCAACAUCCCAGCAGGCAAGACCUGGGAAAGCAUGAGUACGUAUUCCGAGUCUGGUUUCACAAGAUCGCACAAAACUCUGGCUUCGUCAUCCACCGGAAAGUUCCUCACUUUCCGGUCCAAAUAUGAUUGGUCACGGCACGAGAAGAGUCUUCAUUUAUCACUGGAGAAGUGGCUAUGUGCACCUCUGGGUGAGAUUGUCGCCGACAAAGCUACCGGAAAGCCCCGAUGCGUAUACUGCGAUGAGCUAGACCCCAGCAAAGAGCAUUUGGCCACGCACAACCACUCCGCCUGUUACGAGAAGGGCCCAGAGUCCCGCACCUUUUACCGGAAAGACCAUCUUCGACAACACCUACGACUCAUGCACGGUUGCAAGAUGACCUCCAGUAUGGACACAUGGAAGUCAGAAGCCCAAUACAUCAAAUCUCGUUGCGGCUUUUGCGGGAUGAACUUUGACAAGUGGCAAGACCGCCUCGACCAUUUGGCGAAAGAGUUCCGCAACGGCGCACACAUGAAGAACUGGAAGGGAUGCAGGGGCUUAGACCCCCAUGUCGCUAUCCACGUCACGAACGCGAUGCCACCUUAUCUCAUCGCCAACGAAAGCAAAUCGCCAUUCCCAUUCUCAGCAUCCAACACUGCGAGCCUCAAGCAGCUUAAUCUAUCCGUCGACAGCAAGGACCUUGAAUACCUUUUACCCAACGUUGAUGAUAUCGACUACACGAACAACGUGUCUGCGGCAUACCAACCUGGCAGCGAUCCCUCUACUAUCGGACCCAUCGUCCUGACGACACCGAAAGACUAUUCUCCUUCCAAGUCCCUCGUUGACAACCCAAACGCAACCUGCUGGGAGAUCCUCACACUGCAGCUGGGCCGCUUCGCACGAGAGCACAUCGCAAAGCAUGGCUCCGCAAACUUGACCGACGAGGUGUUGCAAGCAGAGUCACGUCGUAUCCUCUACGAUGACGAUGAUCCAUGGAACCAAACAUCUGCGGACAACCCCGAAUGGCUGAAUCUAUUCAAGAAGGCCCAUGGCAUCAACUGCCAAACCCCAGUAAAGAACAUCAACGGAGAACACGAAAUAUUCGAAGACCUCGGCAUCAACUACGGCUCCGCAUUAGAUCCAAGCUUCGACGUGAGCAACUUCGCCUGCACCUCGAUGUCGCAGAACGAUCCUUUGCGCGCCCUAUCUUACGAAUUCGCGCUAUCUGGCUCGGUAGGCGCCGUCCAAGGACAUGCGCGACAACUCUCCUCGGGUCGCCAAACACCCUACAGCGUACCAGGACUAACCGGAUCGCCUACAUCACCAGCAUCGUACGCUCCCAUCACAACGACUUCGAGCGCAGACAACUUGCUAGGUUUCUGUGAGCCCAUCUCAGAACUCGCGUGCACAGGAGCCGGUACUUGUCUCGGCGAGCAAGGCGAGAUCGGCUUCUCGAUCAAGACUGCUGGGUUACCGAAGAGGAGGUACUGGCUCGAUGAUUCGACUGCGCAUCUGAUGCCGUUCACAUCCAGCGCUAGCGAACAGCCCACGGUUGACGGUUUGACUACGGGUGGGCCUACUGUCGACGACUUCCAAUUCCCAUCGUGGGAUCAACUGCCAGAGGAUUUUCAGAACCCAACGAGCAGCGCGGACUUUGAUUCUACUAUUCCUAUCACGACCACUGGUGUUAGUAUGGCGGCUGUUGAGGGUACUGAUGCGAUGCCCUGGGAUGAUAUGGACUUUGCUAUGGAUUUGGAUACGGAUAUGGAUAUGGGUCUUAACCAGGUAUGA